CGCUGGGGGGAGCCACCGCCUCCUCGCCGCGGGCCCCUUUGUGCUGCCGCCUCACAGCUGCCCUCAGCCCGGCGGCGGCUGCGUCACGGCCCCGGCCGCCCAGAGGGGACCCCCGCCGGCCUCGCCUCCCCCCUCCGCCAUCGCCGCGGAGGAACGACGCCUCGCCGCCCCCCGAGGAAGGGCCGGGAGCCGCGGCGAAAGUCCCUCGAUCCUGGAAGAAUGGUGAAACUGGGGAAUAAUUUCAGCGAGAAGAGCACAAAGCAACCCCUUUUGGAGGAUGGUUUUGACACCAUCCCCCUGAUCACACCCCUGGAUGUCAAUCAGCUCCAGUUCCCACCUCCUGAUAAGGUUGUGGUCAAAACAAAAACGGAAUAUGAACCUGAUCGCAAGAAAGGGAAGUUCCGUACUCCUAAAAUAGCUGAAUUCACAAUCAGCGUCACUGAAGGGGUUUCAGAAAGAUUUAAGGUAACUGUGCUGGUCCUUUUUGCCCUUGCAUUCUUAACAUGUGUUGUAUUUCUGGUAGUCUACAAGGUUUACAAGUAUGAUCAUACCUGUCCAGAAGGAUUUGUUUUCAAGAAUAAUCAAUGCAUUCCAGCUGGGUUGGAAAACUACUACUCUGAGCAAGACUCCAGUGCUCGAGGGAAAUUUUACACAGUCAUAAACCACUACAACCUGGCCAAACAAACCAUCACACGCUCGGUGUCGCCGUGGAUGACAGUACUGUCAGAAGAGAAACUGUCUGAGCAGGAGACUGAAGCCGCUGAGAAAUCAGCUUAGUACGAUAAGCUAAUUAUUAACACUAUGUCAUUUGAGGGUAACUAAGGGACUUUAAGGAACUUUUCAUUAAAUAUAAUUCUGGAUAAUUUAGAGGUUACUCAUGUUUAUGGUGCAAUUGCUUCUGUUUGCUGAUACUGCUUUGCAAACUAAAAAACAAAAAACCAAAACAAAAAAACUUGCUGCAGAGCAUUCAUGAGCAUAAACCAAGGUGCAUAUCAGCAUCACUUUAGAGCUCUGACACCAUUUGCAAUGUUAAAAGAAAUGCAAUGUUAGGUAUGUUCUUGCAGUUUAUUGGAUACUGACAGAUUUCUUUGCUGGAUUUUCAGGGCUUGGACCUUAGAUAAAUCGUGUUCUGUUGUCUGAACUGAUGCUUUUAUUUAUUAAUAUUUUUAUUCCUUGUUAUUUUGCAAACCGAAACAUCUCAGCCAUAACCAGAGUGAUCUCUUAUUUAGCUGAAAGCUAUAUUUAAUAUUUAGUUUUGUCUCGAGAAAGAAUGAUAGCAUUGAUGUCAAGGGCAUAAUGUAAUGACUUGUAUGGAAAAAGGAACUGUCAGUAGCAUUUUUCUUACAUUUUCUUUCCUGUUGUUUAUUUGUAAGUGAUAAUGAAGUUCUCUGCAACAAGGCAUGCUCAAUGUUUUAUUAUUGCUGUCAACAGGAUUUAACUGCAUUUCCA